AUGCCUGUGAAAGAGGAAGAUGACCAUGAAAUGAACAACGCUUUCUCCUGCCCGGUGUGUUUCCUUUCCUGUACCACCCAAAACAACCUUCUCAAGCACAUCAGGAGAUGCCAUCAUGAGGAACACGAGACCCUGGUGAAAUCUGAGGAGAUGUGCUCCAGUGGUCAGCGGACCUCCACUGGUACGCAAAACACGAAUAUCUCCGAUGGACAACAGACAACAAAAGACGUCUGCUCAGAUUGCGGGAAGAGCUUUAGUUCCCAGAGCGCUCUUAAAAAACACCAGCGCAUUCACACCGGAGAGAGACCGUACCAUUGCUUAGAAUGUGGGAAGCGCUUCAAUCAACAAAUCAAUCUGAAAAAACACCAGCGCAUUCACACAGGAGAGAGACCGUAUUGCUGCUCGCAGUGUGGAAAGACUUUUAAUCAGAAGAGUAACCUUAGGAUACACCAGCGCAUUCACACCGGAGAGAAACCGUACCAGUGCUCGCAGUGCGGGAAGAGUUUCAAUCAACAGAGUAACCUGAAAAUCCACCGGCGCAUUCACACCGGAGAGAGGCCGUACCGGUGCUCACAGUGUGGGAGGAGCUUUAUUCAGCAAAACGAAUUUAAGAUUCACCAGCGCGUUCACACUGGCGAGAAACCGUACUGCUGCUCGGAGUGCGGGAAAAGAUUCGCUAACCAGAGUGCUUUCAGAGCCCACCGGCGCGUUCACACUGGUGGCGGUACGUUAACUCCUGUAGGACACGUUUUCUCAGACGGGGACGACGCCCAGAUGGGCCGGCAUCCUGUAAAAGAGGAAGAACCUCAGUGUGACCUGGCUCAGAAGAAUCUUCUCCAGCACAACGACAAACACGAGACGCUGGUCACAUCUGAGAGGAUGGAAUAUGAAGAUCUGACGGCCACCACAAGCUCCAGCGGUCAGCAAACAUCCACUGGUGCUCUGAGCGUGGACUCCUUAUACAGACAGAAGCAGAAAAAAAUGGACUUCUGCUCCGAUUGUGGGAAGAGCUUUAGCUGCCAGAGUGCUCUUAAAAGACCGAACGUGAGGAUCUGA